AUGUCCAAUAUCAAUCAGCUCGAUAACACUAUUCCAGUGUUUUGCACAGCCAGGAUACCUCCAGAACUUCUAAACGAGUUCUUGGCUGAAGCCUUUGAGGCGAGUGAACUGAAGGAUGUAGAGUGCACACACAUUGCUAUCCUUGUUGAUACAACCGACAUUAACCAACUCACGGAACCGACUCGACCUCCAGUGAAGGAAAAGCUCCAGUAUCCAUUCCUUAACUGGAGCCUAGAUGAUUUGGUCAACUUUGCCCGUCAAUUUGAUCGCACUGCGCACGGAAUCAUCGAUACGGAGUUUGUCAUCCUUGACGAGCAAACCCUCAAAGACAAGACUGUUGUACUUGUCACGCCAUCUGAGAUGAGCAAUGACAUUGAAACUGCGCCCAGGCUGACUGCGAGGUCUGACUUUCGAUCCAGUUUGAUCACACUGAAUGUGAAGAGCAUUGGUGUUGGGGGCGAUGAGCCUUGGGAGGAAGCAGCCCAGAACAAUAGCGUCAUAAGGCUUUACGGGGAGAAUCCGGGGGCGGGUGUGUGA